CUAUGGAAACGACCUACCUCCUAGCGCGGGACUGCGAGCACUAUGGCUGCUGGGGAGCCAGGGGUUUUAGGCGGUUACUACUUCAGGUUCCUGCCUCAGAAAACCUUCCCAUCUCUGACCGCCCCGGAGACCACCAGCCGGCUCCGCCAGUGGUCCAUGCUGGGCAGAAUCAAGGCGCAGGCGUUCGGGUUUGACCAGACCUUUCGGGCCUAUCGGAAGGAUGAUUUCCUUAUGGCUUUUUUCAAAGACCCAAAUGUUAUUUCGAAUUUGCAGUUACUUUCAGAUUCUUCUGCACAAUGGAUGACAUUAGGAACUGAAGUAAAAAAAGUUGAAGCUACAAAUGUUCCUUGCACACAGCUUUCAAUGUCAUUUUUUAAUCGGUUGUAUGAUGAAGAUAUUGUACGAGAUACUGGACAUAUCAUUAAGUGUUUAGAUUCUUUUUGUGAUCCAUUUCUUAUUGCUGAUGAGUUACGAAAAGUUUUAUUAGUGGAAGACUCAGAAAAAUAUGAAGUAUUCAGCAAACCUGACAGAGAAGAGUUCCUGUUUUGUCUUUUUAAACAUCUUUGCCUUGGUGGAUCCCUUUGUCAAUAUGAAGAUGUGCUUAAUCCAUACCUGGAAACAGCAAAGCUUAUCUAUAAGGAUCUGGUGAGUGUUCGAAAACAUCCUCAAACCAAGAAAAUACAAAUUACUUCUUCUGUCUUUAAAGUUACAGCCUAUGAUUCUACUGGUGUGUGCUACCCUUCAACAAAGAAUCACGAACAGACAUUUUCUUACUUUAUUGUGGAUCCUAUCAAGCGUCAUGUUAAUGUUUUAUACCAUUGUUUUGGUGUGGGAGAAAUGUCUUAAUGUUCUUUCAUGUUAUCUGUAUCUACUGUGUUUUAAUUUAUCAUUUUUCUAUCUUACUAUUAAUUUAUGGACAAAUAUUUACUUUGUAGAUGAGUUCAAGUGAAAUGUAAAGAGCAUGCUUAUACCUGAAGAGAGCGAUCAUCAAGAGUUUGCUUUGUCAAAAUUUGUCUGGCUAACAAAUUUCUAUUCAAGGGGAAUCUUCUAAUAUAACCUAUAUAAAACAUUGUGAAAUUUUUACAGAAAGUUACAACAAACUAAAAAUCUCAUUCAUAUUUGUCAGAUGAGAAGCUGAACAUGGUAACACACAUCUGUAAUCCUAGCACAUAGUUGGCUGAGGUAGGAAGAUGCAUAGUUAGUUCAAGGACAUUUUGGGCUAUCUACUGAGUCCCAAUCUUGAUAAAUUAAAAGCUAGUGUUUGGUGACAUCAAGUAAAGGGCUAGAGGAUGUACCUUGGUGAUAGAGCCCUUGCCUAGCAUGCAUUAGGUCCUGGGUUCCAUUCCCAGCACUGCCUCCCCCCCAAAAUAUUCAUGUGAGUUGUAAAUUUUUUAUGUUAGCUUUUUUUUUUUUUUUUUUUUUUUUUUUGUCUUUUUCUUUUUUAUUGGUACUGGGGAUCGAACUCACGACUGCUUGCUUGUGAGGCAGGCACUUAUGCCGCUGAACUAAAUCCCCAGCCCCUCAUACUAGCUUUUUAAACUUGAAUUUCAAUUAAUACAUGUUCGUCUAAGUUUCACAUCUCUACCAUAAGGAAAAACAGCAAUUCUUUUGCUUCAUUUACUCCAUUCAAAAUCCUCCAUUUAAAAAAAAAAUUCUAAAGUAAUUGUAAACUUUUAUCACAUAAUAAAUUAACUACAGCUUUCCCACACCUAAUAUAAGAUGUGCAGGUAAACAGAGAAAAUUGUCUUGAUUAUAGUAUUAAAUUGGCAAAAGAAUGAGAAACAAGUUGUCUUGGUACUGUCUCUCAUUACACUCAUAUGAUUAAUGCUGUGUAUUAGAUUUUUCUUAAUAGAAGUAGUGAUUGACAUGUAUCUCAUAAGCAGGACAUAUAGAGAUGAGGAGCAAGUUUAGAAUAUGUGUUUCUUGGGGCUGGGGAUUUAGCUCAGUGGUUUAAAUGCCUGCCUGGAAAGCAUGAGGUCAUGAGUUUGAUCCCAGCACCAAAUACAAAACAAAGCUAAAAAAGAAUAUGUGUUUCUGAAUUACAGGAGUAAUCUUAAAUUUGAACCUGAAUUUGAAUGUGGAAGGCAGCCAGCAACUUGAGAGUUGUGUAGUAUUUGCUUUAGCUCAGUAUCUAGUGCAAGCCCUUAGCACCUUAAGUGUCUACUGAAGGAAUAACUGUGUUCCAGAUAUGUUGCAGUAGAUGGAAUAUACCCUAUCUGAAAUGCUAGGGACCAGAAGGAUUCAAGAGUUUUUCACCUUUUGGUAUAAUCUGCUGAUUAAGCAUCCCUAAUCCAAAACUGUAAAUACUUUAAAUAUAAAACUUCUGAAUCUGGAUAUGACAGCAAGAAGUAGCAUUUCUGAUUUCAGAUUUGUGGAUUAGGGAUACUCAACCUGUAAUAUUUAUAGAUUU